CUAUAUGACUUUAGAUUGAGGAAGUUGAUUAGGGAUUUUCCAUAGACUAAUGUGGUUAAUAUGUGAAGGGAGAAGCGUCUUGGACUGAUUGAAGGACCUCUAAACGUGUUUGUGUUGUAUGUGUAAAUGUUCAGUAUUUAGUUCUUCUUUUUUAAAGUUUCAUCAAAAAAGAGUGGAGCAACUCUGAAGGCCAUGGCCGAAGCAGGAGGAUCAGACGGACAAUCACUGCAAUCACUGUCUCUCUUGCCCAGCAUGAGUCUGAAUUUGGUUCUAAUUGGUGAGCGAGAGGCAGGGAAGAGUGCAGUUGGCAAUGCCAUCCUGGGCACCAGUGCAUUUGAUCAGGUUGGGACAAAAACCAGAGCCAGUGUCCAGAGAGAAGGCACGGUGCGGGGGCGGCAUGUGGUGGUGGUGGACACACCAGGCUGGGAGUGGUUCAACUUGGGAGGGAGCCUGGCAUCACCCAGGAACGUCCGGAAGGAGAUGUUGGCCAGUAUGAAGCUGUGCCAACCUGGCGCCCACGCCUUACUCUUGGUGGUGCCUCUGUCGUUCUCCUUUUCAGGCCGUGAGCGACGUGUUGUUGAGGAACACGUAGAACUAUUUGGUCCAGAUGCUUGGAACCACACGUUGGUACUUUUCACUGUGAAGGACACCAAGCUGCUGCGCUGCUCUAGGCUUCAGGAAGAAGUGGAGGACAACGGAGAGCUGAAGCAGCUGGUGGAGAAGUGCGGAGGGCGUUAUCAUGCCCUCUACAGACAGACCAGCAGUGGAGAACCUGACCUGGUGGCAGAACUUCUGGCUAAAAUCGAAGAGAUGGUGGUGACUGCUAAUGAGAAAGCAAUGCUCCUCAGCGAGAGGGUGUUGGAGCUGGCCAAGCAGAGAGAAAAGGAGGCGGAGGGCAGAGAGGAAGAGGAGAGGAAGGAGAGAGAAGAGGAGGUGAAAAGAUGGAGAGCAGCACAAACAAAAACUUGGGACAGAGGAGAAAAGCUGAGCUGGAACAAAGGCUUGACCCAUCAGGGAUCCCCAACAGCAGAGCAAACUUUCAUUUGCUGUAAAACACAGUAAAAUGGAAAAUGAAUGGAGAAGAUGGAGAUAACCAAAACCAAAC